GCGCGCGCGUGUCAAAAAUCCCUUAUUCUCCGGACGCCUUUACCGCGGUGCCACCGCCGUUGCGCACUGUCAACGUCUCCGCUGGCUGCUCGAACGCACACGCAUUACUCACCCACCCGCGCACAUACACCUGCCAACGAAUCUGACCAUAGCGGUAGUACUGAGCGUUGCAGAGAACACGGUGAGAAAUUGAACUGUCGUAGACCGCGUAGUACUGGUAAAAACUACUACGUCGCCCGGCCGUCGUCGCGCUUAACGUUUUCUAAUUUUGAUACCCCGAUUUUCCCCACCUCGCGCACGCGAGUCCCAAAACCCGUGUGUUCGUCACGCGCCUGCGUCGAAGCCGUCGUCGUUUUUGUUUUUCACGCGAUCGUGUGCGUGUGUGCAUUUUUGCGCGAGCGCCGCGUGUGUAUCGUGUGUCCCGAAUACGCGCCGUGUGUGUGUGUGUGUGCGUGUGCGUGUGUGUGUGCGUGUACGUGUGCGUUUGUGUGUGUUACGUAUAUAUAUGCGCGUGUGCGCGUGUAGCUGCGCGCUCGUGUGUGUAUAACCCAAAGGAGCAACCGGCCCUCUGCCCAGUCGACCGGACAUCGCGUACCCGCAUCCAGUAGCGAUACGGCUGCAUAAAAUAACGUGUAUAAAAUAUUUAUUACAUACUAUUUAAAUAUAAUAAAAAUACAAUCUUAUCGGUACGGCCCCAUCAAGUGUCCGUUAAAUGGCUUUUCUGAAACUAUCAACAUCUCGUAAGUGCAGUCAAUUAUUAUUGCAAGAAUCGCUCAGGAACGACUUGUAUACUCGGCUUGUGCGCUCACUAACCACCACAAAUGGAUCUGGAGAACUGCAGCAGCAACAGCAACAACGAAGAAAUAACAGCGUGGCCGCUACUGCUGCCAGUACGGUCGAUAACAAGCCAAAAUGGGAUACAUUGGAUACGUCAUUCGCCAACCCCGAGGCUACUUUCAAGAGCAAGACCACCUGGGAAAUAUUUAGAGCUUACAUAGUUUACCAACUUUGCUCAUCAAAUUACCUUGUUGAGAAUAACAUGCAGCUCAUGAAAAUUUGCAAAAUGGUUUUUGGAGAAAAAUUAUUUACCUUAAUGAUGAAAAUGACAUUUUAUGGUCAUUUUGUUGCUGGAGAAGAUCAAUAUCGUAUUGUUCCUACAUUAAAACGGUUAAGAUCUUUUGGAGUUAAACCAAUAUUGGAUUAUUCUGUUGAAGAAGAUAUAACUCAAGAAGAGGCUGAAAAACGUGAAGUAGAAUCUAGCAUGUCGGAAGUAGAAAAAAUGGACCAAAGUGCUGCUCAAAAAGAAGAUUCUGUUUCAGCCGAGAAAAUUGGAGGUUCUCUACCUCAGUACCAUGUGGAUAAACAGUUUGCAGACAGAAGGUACAAAGUACAAAGUGCUCGAACCUAUUUUUACUUGAAUGAAGCUACUUGUGAACGUAAUAUGGAAGUAUUUCAAAAUUGCCUUGAUGCAGUUGCUGGUGCUACAUAUGGAACAGGAAUUACAGCAAUCAAGUUAACGGCUCUUGGACGUCCUCAGCUGUUGUUGCAAUUAUCUGAAGUAAUUAUGAGGGCUCGUACAUUAGCUAGUGAAAUUAUGGGUGGCAAAGGAAAUGUAAUUGGUCAGCAACUUACUCUCGAAGAGUUAGAUAAACGUUUGUUUGAAGCUGGAAUAAAAGAUACAAAAAAAUUUUUAGAGAAAGUCACCAAAGAUAGUCAAGGUGUUAUUCAUUUAUUCCCAUGGAGUGGUCUGUUGAAUGAAAAUUCUGAAUUAAGUGAUACGUUCCGUGUGCCUUGUUUGAAAGAAGGUCGUAUGGUUAGGCUAUUAUCUCAGUUGUCUAAAAAAGAAGAAGAAAUGUUCCGUAAUAUGGUUCAUCGACUAAAUACAUUAGUUCAAACUGCUACAGAUUUAGAUGUACGUAUAAUGAUUGAUGCUGAACAAACUUAUUUCCAACCGGCUAUAUCUAGAUUGACUCUUGAAUUGAUGCAAAAAUAUAAUACAGAAAAAGCUGUUGUAUUCAACACAUACCAAUGUUACCUUAAAGAUACACUUAAUGAAGUCAAGACUGAUUUAAAUCAAGCCAAGCGUCAAAAAUUCUAUUUUGGAGCCAAACUCGUGAGAGGUGCUUACAUAGAUCAGGAGAGAGCAAGAGCUGCAGCAUUGGGUUAUACCGAUCCAACCAAUCCAUCUUAUGAAGCUACCACUAAAAUGUAUCAUGAUACACUGACCGAAUGUUUAACACGUAUCAAGGUAUUGAAAGACCAGGGAGAUGUUGCCAAUAAGAUUGGUAUAAUGGUUGCAUCACACAAUGAAGAUACUGUGCGCUUCGCAUUAUCACAAAUGAAAGAAAUUGGAAUCUCUCCAGAUGACAAAGUAAUCUGCUUCGGACAACUGCUUGGCAUGUGUGAUUUUAUCACCUUCCCUUUGGGCCAAGCAGGAUACUCGGCGUACAAAUACAUACCAUAUGGUCCAGUCAACGAAGUACUACCAUAUCUUUCUCGUCGAGCUAUGGAGAAUAAGGGUGUGCUAAAGAAACUUGUCAAGGAGAAAAAAUUACUGAGAAAAGAACUUUUUAGGCGUAUAAUGCAUGGGCAGUUUUUCUACAAACCUAAUGGAAAUUAUACCCCAGUUUAAAAAUUACAUUUAAGCUUUAAUGUAUCAUAGUAAGCGCAAGUCUCUCUAAUGGUAUGCCGAUUAGUCAAUGUUUUUAUUAUCAUCCCUCCAACCUAAACUAACUUAACACAAGUGUUUUAUGACAAAUUAAAUCUAAAUUGACAGUACUUAUAUGGAUCAGUAUUAUAAACAUAAGUAUGAUUUUUUAUUUCAGAAUCUCAUGUUAACUAAGUGUAAACUUGUACUUAAGGUAAUAAAAAAUAUAUAUGUUUUAUAACCAUGUUCUUUAUACAAGAAGAAUAAUAUUUCCUUGUUAUUAACUAAUCGGUUGACAUUAAAUUGCGCUUUUUAAAUUUA